AUGAUUCGUUUAAUAAAUGGAUUUGAAUAUUUAUUAAAUGCAUCUUUUAUUUCAUGUGGUCCAUUUUCUAAUCGAGAACAAACAUUUCGAUAUAAUCCAUAUUUAAUUGUUCCACGAAUAAAACGACUUACACAUGGUACUUCAUUCUGUCGAAUAUAUCAUUUACCUAACAAUGGAUCAGACUUUAUUAUCAACUGGUGGAUUGAAGAACAAGUAAGUCUUUCUUAUGUAAAUACAAUUAUUGUUGAUAUUCUUAUUUAG